AUGACAACGGAUGCCAUCCACAUGGGUAUGCCUAAUGCCUCACUAGUGAAGCACACGGCGGGAGCCGGACUCAAGACCCACCGACCCCGAGUCAUGUCUAAGAGUGGCCACAGCAAUGUGAGAAUUGACAAAGUGGACGGCAUCUACCUCCUAUACCUACAGGACCUGUGGACGACGGUCAUUGACAUGAAGUGGAGAUACAAGCUCACACUGUUCGCUGCCACAUUUGUGAUGACCUGGUUCCUCUUUGGGGUCAUCUACUACGCUAUCGCUUUCAUCCACGGAGAUCUGGAGCCCAACAAACAGAUCGCCAACCACACCCCUUGCAUCAUGAAGGUGGACUCUCUCACGGGGGCAUUUCUCUUCUCCCUGGAGUCCCAGACUACCAUUGGCUAUGGAGUCCGCUCCAUCACCGAGGAAUGUCCUCAUGCCAUUUUCUUGCUGGUGGCUCAGCUGGUCAUCACCACCUUGAUCGAGAUCUUCAUCACUGGCACCUUCCUAGCCAAAAUCGCCAGGCCCAAGAAACGGGCAGAGACCAUCAAGUUCAGCCACUGUGCGGUCAUCACCAAGCAGAACGGGAAGUUGUGCCUGGUGAUUCAGGUGGCCAACAUGAGGAAGAGCCUCCUGAUCCAGUGCCAGCUCUCGGGGAAACUUCUCCAGACUCAUGUCACCAAGGAGGGGGAGCGCAUCCUUCUCAACCAAGCCACCGUCAAGUUCCAUGUGGACUCUUCCUCCGAGAGCCCUUUCCUCAUCCUGCCUAUGACCUUCUACCAUGUGCUGGAUGAGACGAGCCCUCUGAGGGACCUCACGCCCCAAAACCUGAAGGAGAAGGAGUUUGAACUUGUGGUCCUGCUCAAUGCCACAGUGGAGUCCACCAGCGCCGUUUGCCAGAGCCGCACCUCUUACGUGCCCGAGGAGAUCUACUGGGGCUUUGAGUUUGUGCCUGUGGUUUCUCUCUCCAAAAAUGGGAAGUAUGUGGCCGAUUUCAGUCAGUUUGAACAGAUCCGGAAGAGCCCAGAUUGCACCUUUUACUGUGCCGAUUCCGAGAAGCAGAAACUUGAAGAGAAGUACAGGCAAGAGGAUCAGAGGGAAAGAGAACUGAGGACUCUUUUGCUACAGCAGAGCAAUGUCUGA